AUGGUACUUGUAGCAAACAUCCUCAAGCCCCAUAUCCGCCCGCACAGGCAAUUCGUCGAACACAUCCGGCCCCAUCUAGCCCAUCAACCGUUGAUUGGCACGAACUCCAGCCCUGAGCUGGAGUCCAUGUCGGGUAACUGUGGAGAGGACGAUGAGGGCUCAAUUAAGAAUCUCCCGGCACUUCAUCCCUUUCGUUACUGCUGAUUCGCCCAAUGAAUACCGUGACAGUGGGGCCGCGUUUUUAGCAAGUGGCACGCGUCCGAAUGAGUUGUCAGAAGCUUCUUUCCAAUGUAUGUUUGGUCUGGUUUGCAGACAGCUCAGGGCCCGUUUACCUAACCACCCGGGUCCAGGAUCCACAGUGGAAGUACCGGUGGACGGUCACGUCAUAUAAUAGCGGGAACUGUGUUACAGAAGACAGCUGAAGAAGGGUGUUUACCUAAUUUCCGACUGUCUCAAAUUCACGUUGCCAAACACUCCGGACGAUACCCAACCCAAACACCUCCGGAUGCUCUGCGCGGCUUCAAGGUGCCGUCUCCAUCCGCUGAAGGGAAGACCGAUUUGAACCGCCUAGAGGCCAAGGCGGCAUUCAUGCAACGGCAGCUGGGGCUUGUUGGCUCCGCGGUGGUUGGUUUUCUCGGUGUAAGCCAUCCCUGUGUCUAUAUUUCCACUGCCACUGAUACCAUACCUUGUGGUUUGCAGGGUACGCGGUCAAAAGGCUGGUGGAUGUAUGAUAUACAUCCCACAGGCUGCUCCCAGUCUCCCUCCCCCGCUUCCCGCGGUAGAAACCACUCACAGCAGAUGACCGAUAGACUACGGUAUUGGCGGAAGGGCGGAAAUGCUUCUGGUGGAGCAGGGGACAAGGGUGCUGCCGGCGGGGUGGGGGACAAGAAUUGA